CCAAGAAUACGACAACAGAAUUCUCCACCCAACUCAAAGGCCGCAAUGUUGGAGUCCUUUAAAGAUCCGCAGUUCGCCGACCCCUAGGCUGUUAUAUUGACUCUGUAGGUGAAACAACAACAACAACCACCACGACGCUUGUGCCAGGCUACGUACACCUUCACAUUCAACAAAAGACGAGCCCACGAAAAAACCUCUGCUCUGGUAACGCCAUCGCCAUCACAUCACUCCACCAUCUACCACUCCUGCUGUUCCUCCUCCAUUGCCGCUGAACACAACAACUACAACUCGCUUUGACCCAGACGCCGGCCGAGAGAGAGAGAGACACACACACAGACAAAGGACGACUCAAAGUCGACUCAAGUAGUCGUCCUUUGUCCACCCAGAGAAUGCACCCUCGGUAAGCGGCUGAGAGAGAGAGGAGAGAGAGGGAGGGGAGGGAGGAGAGAGACUUGGAGCCAUGAGGCGAGCAAAACGUGGCAAGGAAACUCCGGGAGCACAACAGCAACACGACGAGGCAGCCGGUGACUUCAACCCAGAGACGAGCAAACGAGAACGUCGCAAGCUGCAGACCAAGCUUCAGCAAGUGGACAGCCGUGUGUACGACUCGCAGGGCCGGUUGGUGCGGGGCGGCGUGGACGCCUGCGAUUGCCUACAGGACGGCUGCCCCGGCUGCUUCUACCCCUGCUCGGCCUGCAGCUCCACUCGCUGCGGCCCCACCUGCCGCCGGGACCGGCGCUGGCUCUACGAGCGGCUGGAGACGGAGGGGGGCGGCUCCAUCGAUAACGUCUACGCCAACGUGUGAUCGCGCGCGGGGAGGGAACUGCCACGGUUGCGCUGGUUUUUAGACGGGCUCGCGGCCUUUCCGACCGUGCCGUCGUCUGUAUGUUUUGCAUUCGUGCCGCCAGGGCUGUCACGUGGGCGCCGUGUUGCACUGGCGGCGUAGUCUGCAACAGUUUCUCAGUAGCGGGAGGGGAGGGCGGCAAUGUUGCUACGUUGCUUCCUGAUUGGGCGAUUUUGAGAGUCGUUUGCAAAUUUGGCACAAGUGAACUGGUAACGCCGGCACGCGUGACCGACACUUAAUUUUAAAUAACGUCCCCUGUUAAAGGAGAUGGGCACGUAUAUUUUUGGUUUAAUGCACCGGCUGCAGUAUUAACCAGGGUUGCCUGCUGGGCUCAAGCUGCGUACCUCUGAAACGAUGAGCAGCAAAUGCAGGAACGGAACGGAUUACUUUUCCACACCUGCGCUGAAUUUCCACGGCUUUUCCACAAUCCAACUGCAGUCCUCGGCAUUGGUUCACCGUCUGAAUCGUUCGUUCGAGACGAUGCUUGCUAACAACAGCUGAGAUCAUCAACCCGUCCGAUUUGGUGGAAAGCAGCAGCUUGGAUCGACUUUUUCGACUCGUUUAUGAACAACAACAGUUGUGCAGUGCGCGGCUAUUGGGAACGGCCGAUUGAUCCUUUGGUUCAUUUCUACUUGGGUAUGGCGUUGUGUGGCAACUCUCGCAACUCCAUGGACAGAUCUGGUAAAGGACCUAACUCCAGUGAAGCUGUAUGGACGCCUUCAAUGCCACACCUCCAAUUGGCACGGUUGGCUACGUGCGGCACGAAAGAAGUUCAACAUAAAUACAUACAUGCCUCCGCUGAAUUUGCAAUGUACACAAUGGUCAGUUCCCAAUGUGGUCCACGCAUGGUUUCAUUCAUUCAUUCAAGCAAGUGACCUACGCCGACUGCUAAGCACACGGGGAGGUAACGAUUGAUUGAUAACGAUUAGUUGAUUUCAAGUAGUUCUAUAGACGGGGGUGCUUCAACUGACUUCUGGCGGCCGCUAUAAAUUUGGUGGGCCACGUGCGAUCACAUGUUACGUGCGUACUCGCCAACCCCUACCAAUUUAAGUGGUGGGCUGCUGAUUUUUAAACACCACCGUCAAACACAAUCGCACCGCUUUUUCGAGUAAACAUUUCACGCGACGUUUUCCUGUUUGCAAAUUGUCAUGAGACGAACGUUACUUUAAACCCGCAGAGCAGAUGGAAAAGUGCGGCCGGCCACUCCCGUGUAGGACAGAGUCACUGGGAAGAGAUCUCGGAAGCAGCUCUGUGAGAUCCGCUUCCACGGAUCAUUUUCUCUCCGAACACAAAGGGUUGGUUUCCUCGUUUCGUGUUCGCGAUGGCGACUUCGCAAAUGGAAUAAGAUUGUUCCCGGCAAAUGUAAACAAUUGUCAAACUCAAUGUGCAGGUGCUUUUGUUUUAUAUGGAAGGCGCACUGCAAAUGUUGACAGCGGCGAGUGGCGGGAAGUGUGCAUUCUGUUUAGUGCUUGCGCGAUCAAUCAAUAUUGUCUUCCGUCUUGUUGUAAAAUUGACUUGUGAUAUUUUAUUUUGCAAUUGCUUAAAUGUUUACCUUAAGUGAGUGCGACACAGCCUUUACCCUUGGACUGUGUUAUUUUAAACACUUGCAUUUCGAAUAAACAUCGACGCGUUAAUGCAC